AUGACUGAGUUGAAUGUUUUGCUUGAUUAUUGUGGUGGUAAGAACCCAGACGAAUUCAAGUUUGAUGGCGCUGACGAAGACAAUGAAAUUAGCACAGGCACGUUUACAAUUGCUAAAAUGAUGGAACUUCUGCUUAAAGAGAUGUCCUGGAACGUUUAUAAAACCCAGUUUGAAGCAGCGGCAACUAGUAACUGUUGGAACGGAAAAGAACGAGCAACAGCACUGAUUCUGGCUCUGCGAGGUUCAGCAGCAGAGGUUCUUCAGACGAUUCCGGCGGAGAACCACUUCAACUAUGAAAUUCUGGUUAGCGCGUUGGAUUUACGUUAUGGUGAAAAACACAUGAAACAGAUUUAUCGGUCUCAGCUUAGAAACAGAACGCAACGAUCUGGUGAAUCCAUUCAGCAGCUGGCACAAGAUAUCGAACGGUUGACAUUGCUGUCGUAUCCGACAUCAGACCCCGAGCAUAGAGACGAAACUGCCCUGGAUACGUUUAUCGAAGCCCUUCGUGAUUCGGAACUCAAACAAUCCCUUCUCUUGUCAGAUAAACGAAAACACAAGGACGCCGUUGCGCAUAGUCUCACUUUUGAAUCGGCAAAGAAAGCAUCAAAAAGUGACGUACGUCUACGCCAAGUACAUGAAGAAUGCUCUUGCCAGAAGGUGGUUGUGAAACGCAAACCCCAACAGCAUGGUGUACCCCAAUGCUGGAUUUGUGGUGAAAAAGGCCAUCUACGUCGUGAUUGUAAACACCGCCUAAAAGAUAACUACUGCCGAAAUUGCGCGACAAGAUGGCGCAAAAGAAGAGAAGAUGGUCCUGUAUCACGAUCUAACGAAGGGGCGGAAAACAAAUAA